CUCUUCUCGAACUUAACUCUUCUUCGCUCUCUUCUCCGCUCAAAAAAACCAGAGAGAAAAAUGAGUGAAAUUGGGUUAGACAAAUCAAGAGAAACCUAAAUCAAACUGAAACCAGAAAUUAAACCAAAAUCUUCUACCGAUUUAUGAUUCUCUAAGCCUAAAAACUCAUAUAAAAAACCCUUAUACGAAUCAAAAUCUUUGAUUUUGUAAACUGAUUUUUGCUUUUUGAUUGAAACUCUCAGAAGUAGAUUCAAUUGAAGAAGUACAAACCCUAGAAAUCUCUAUCCUCGGGUUAGAAAGAACCUUUUUACAGAAAUCGAAAUUUGGUUGAUAAACCCUAAAAAUUUGAUUUUUAAUUUUUGAUUUUCGCAGAAGAAGAUUGAUCAGAAGCAGAUUCAAUUGAAGAAGUAGAAAACCUAGGAAUCUUUAUCCUCAGAAGAAGAUUGAAGUAAAAUCCUUGAAGAUUCAGGUCAUACUUUGCUAGUUGGGGUGUUUGAUUUAUGUUUUUAUAUGAACUGAUUUCCUUUUGAGGGUUAUGUACUUGAUAUUCAGUAUUUUUGCAGUUGUAGAAGUGUUGAGUUAGAGAAUAAAGUUCUGUGAGUUUUGCUUGAUAUUAAGUGGAAUUGAUUUCCAUUUCACUGUGGAUCUGUGAGUUUUGGUUGUUGUUAUAAAGUUUUUGAUAUUUGGUUUAGAGAAUAAGGUUCAUAAGUAUGAUAGAGGUGUUUAAUCUUCAACAUGUUCUUGGAGUUGUGAAGUGUUGAGUGCAUUUGUUUUUCUGCCAGUGUUUUAAAAUGAAUAUUAAUACAAGUAUGUGAGAUGCUGCUUUUAUGCACAACUUCAUCAGGUUUUUGCCAUGUUUUAGGUGGUUUUUAAUUCAUGUUAGAUAUAAUUGUUUGAACGAGCUAUUGAUUAGGUUGGAGAGAAAUAUGGUGUGAAAAAUAUGUGAUGUCCAGUCCUCCAAUCCUUGUGGAACAUAUCAAUUGAUGUUAUUAAUGUCUUUUGCUUGCGGUGAAAUGAAUAAUUUCAUGUUUUUUGGUUGAUCAAUGUUUCUUCAUUUUCAGUUUGGAAAUAGUGAGUGAUAUUUGAUAAGAAAAUGUCUUCCAGAAGGGAGUUUCAUAUUCUUUAAUAAAGCUAUUGAUCACUUGGUAUAUUCUUAAUCUGAUUUUGUUUUUGAAUCACAUAGAAAUUUAAACUUGGGUGUUUAUCGUGCAGUCAACCAGUCCAUUCUAGAUUGUGUUAUUUGGCUGAGUUUAGCAUCAAUAUUGAUAUGCUUACUGUCAAACACAAUCUCAUUCUCCAAAUCUUCCACAUUGUGAAAGCUGCAGUCAUAUAAGUUCCAUUCUGAUUUCCCCUUGCAGUACCAGGCUAAGAGUUUUUCGGAAUUCUUCAUAAUAGAAAGAAAAUAGAUGAAACUUUUUGGUUGUAGUUGAUGUAGAGACCAAAUAAACAUGAUAAACAAGUAAGGGUUCAGUUUUUUGUGUUUUUCUUAGCAUUUAUAGAUCUCAGAAGAAUUGUUAUUUUUUUCUUUGUUUGUUAGCUGAUUCAUUGUGAUUUAAGCAUGGGUCUGUGAGUUUUGCUAGUUUGUUAUAAUAACAUAUAUGAUUUUUAAGAAGGGUUAUGAGUAUGGUAGAGGAUUGGUAUAACAUGUUUUGCUGGUUACUGUAACAUGUUUCAAUUGACAACAUUUGGUUAUUCGACGAUGUUUUAUAGAUUGAUUGAUGUGUUUUUUCCUAUGUAUACUCUGCAUUAUUUUUCAUUUGAAUUUUAGAGUGUUAUUAUAUCUGGGUUUGUCUUGCUUUAGUAAUGUAUUAAAAAAGGACACUUUUGUUGCAAUUUUAGUUUCUGUUGGUGUUCAUGCUUGUAUGAAGAUUGUUGUGUUUGGUCCUUGAUUAACAUUCUAUGUUAUGUUGUUGUAGAAUGGUGCAAGUAGGUGAUAAAGGUUGGAUGAAUGAGGAAGAUAGGUUCUGUGAUGUCUAUAGAAAAGGGGCGUCUGAUUUUAUCGAUUUUGCAUAUAGUAACAAGAUAAAAAGUUCACCAUUAUGUCCAUGUCCUUGCCAUAUUUGUAGAAAUAAGUAUUCUUUGUCUUUUGCUCUAGUCAAGUAUCAUUUAGAAAUACACUUGAUAGACAAGUCAUAUGUACUUUGGUGUCUACAUGGAGAGAAGUCCACCACAUCAUCACAAGUAGUGCUGGAAAAUGUAGAAGAAAAUGUGGAUGUUGAAAAUGUAGGUGUAGACAAUGUAGAGGAAGAAAUUUCUAUUGAGGAACAUGUAGAAGAGAACAUUAGCGAUGAACAAUCUAGAUUAGGGUAUUUUGUCGACAAGGCGUAUGGAAUAUUUGAAGGGUUAAAUAAGGAUGUGAACGAAGGUGGUGAGGAGACAGACCUAGGUAAGAAAUACCACAAGUAUAAGGAGUUAGCGAAGGAAAAGAUUUAUCCAGGUUAUGAAGGUGAUGAAAAAACACUUAGUGUAAUUGUAGAACUACAGCAUAUGAAAAAGAUGUUUGGUUGGUCAGGAAAUAGUGUUACAUACCUCUUGGGACGAUUGAAAAAUUGGUUACCGAAAGGCAACACUUUUCCUGUAAAAUACCCAACAAUGAAAUCUAUGUUGAUAGAUAUAGGAAUGAAGGCUGAGUCAUUCAUGCGUGUCCUAAUCAUUGUGUUUUGUACCGAAAAGAAAAUGAGAAGGAAACUGUGUGUCCCAACUGUGGAGCAUCUAGGUAUGUAGUGAAACAGGGUAAAGAAAAUGAGAAGGAAACUGUGUGUCCCGACAUGGAAGUAUAAUCCUUACCGUCACUGUGUAGAUGUAAUGCAUGUCGAGAAGAAUUUUACUGAGCAUUUGAUAGAUACACUUCUCGACAUAAAGGGCAAGUCCAAAGAUGGUGUCAAAGCACGAGAAGAUAUGAGGAAGAUGAACAUUCAUAGUGGGCAGUGGAUCACUACAGACUCUGUAACAGGAAAGGAAAUUGUAUCGAUUGCCGGUUUCCGUUUAAGCAAAGAAGAACGAGAUAAUUUCUUACAGACUUUGAAGAAUAUGAAGUUUCCUUCUGGAUUUUCAUCCAAUAUCGGAAACAAUGUGACAUUUAAGCCUCCGGGUCUGAGUUGUUUGAAGUCAAACGCAAGGCACCUACAUCGUCAGCUCGUGUAGGUACUCCCAGCCCAGAGAAAGGGUCCAAUUCUCACUUAGGUCAUCAACAUGAUCAAGUCUUGGAUCAUGCUGACAGUAUAUCUAAUGAAUCUCCUUCCUUGCAAGUUCAACUGCUAGAUAACAGAAGAAGGGUUGUUGCAUCAGGAUGUAUUGUUGCCGGCAAUUCUGUUCAUUGUAGAAAGGUGAAGCCAACAGAGAAGAGGGUCUUUGUCGAGGAAGUUCAUGAUUAGUCUGCAUUAAUAUGUGAUGGUACACAAGGAGAUGACUCUUACUUUUUGAAGGAUCUGGAAAUACCUACUUUUCUGAUCUGGUCUGAGAAUAGGUUGCAGUUGGUGCCGUCCAAGGUCUAGUAACUUCCUAGUUUGUAAUCUUUUUGUGUUCUUUUGUGCAACGAUGAUAGGUUCAACACAAGCAUAGCAACCAAUUAGCAUUGAGCAUUUCUA